AUGUGUUUCAGCGAGAUUUUGGGUGAACGGAACAAACGUGUGAUUUUUGGAGUCCCGUUGGCAAGAGGCGAGCUACCGUAUCUCACCUCGUUGGUUUCCCAUUUCCCGCACCAUCGGGGUGAUCAAGGCACGCUUUGUGGUGGCUCGCUUAUCGCUCCCAACAUCGUCCUCACCGCUGCACAUUGUGUUUUCAACGAGCAAACCAGAGCCAAAGCCCUCUCGAUUCGAGUGAUCGUCAACGAUUUUGCCUUGGGGAAAGCGGACAAAUUCGAGCAGGAGUUCGUCACCGAUUCUUUCGAUAUUCAUCCACUAUAUUUAAAGUCCAACUUUGAUCCGAGCUUCGACUUGGCGUUGAUCUAUUUGCCAACAAAGAUCGACGUUUGCAAGGAAUGGCCAUCGAUUAAAAUAGCCCGUCUGCCGAUCGAUCCAAUCACUAAGAAUAUCACUGACGAUCAAUUGAAAAUGGCGGCUUGUUUCCAUUCGGGAUGGGGUGUCACAAAUGAUGGUUCAAAUGCUCCAGUGGCUCAGCGUAUGCGUGUGGUGAACAUCGACUUUCGCGCAAAUCAACACCAACUCGGCGGGCGAACAUUCGAAGUAAAAGGGGCUGCCGGGAGUCGACCAUGCUUUGGAGACUCGGGAGGUCCGGUGUACUGUGAUCUGUCGAAUGGUCGAUAUGUCGUCGGAAUCGCGUCACAAAUCGGCACCACCGAUGAGAAGAAGCCGGUCAACUCGAAUGUCCAGGAGUGCAGCCAAGCGUCAACGCUCGAGGUGGCCGAUCUGCGCUCGCAAACGUACGAGAUCGUGCGAAUGAUCAAAGAAAGAGGCCUCUACGAGGAGUUGCUCGCUUCGUACCAAAUAUGCUUCCCAAAUGGAGCUGGACAA